AUGGCUACCUCGGGCGUCUUCUCGGCCAGGCGUCGCGCCACACCCGGUGAUUCAGACGACACCGAUUUGAGCCUACCGCGUUGCGCUCCAGGAAGACGAAUCCCUAGCGCAGAAUGGGAAAAGAAGCGUCCAAUCAUCACAAAACUAUAUCAGGAAGAGAAGCGGCCGCUCAAAGAGGUCAUGGAAGUCCUCGAGCGUGAACAUGGCUUCACUGCAACAGUCAAAAUGUACAAGUCGAGAAUCUGGAAGUGGGGGCUGGACAAGAAACUAAAGAGCGAUGAGGUUCUUGCCAUACUUAUCCUCAGGACCGAGCGUGAGGCCCAGGGCAAGACGUCCGAGUUUACCAUCCGUGGGCAACCGGUCGAUAUCGAUAACAUCAACAGAUACAUCCGAAGGAAUCCACAGCUUGUCGCUCGCUUCCGUGCUGGCGUUGUGCCUACCAUCCAGACGACUCUCGAGGUUCAAUGCCAUACACCGUUACCUUCCCACAGCAGUCCAUUACCACCGCCGCCACCUGAGGAGACUUCUCAUAUAGACCAGGUCAUCGAUCUGUUCACGAGCUAUUUCGACACGUCUUUCACGCAAGGAGCCUGGAAAUGCGAGUACAACGUCAGUUGUGGCAGUCAAAAUACCGGCGAUCGAAGCGUAGAGUUAUUUGAACGUGUGGUGACAAGCUUUGGCUUGGUCAACAGAUCCAUGAUGAGAAAAGACGACAUAUCUAUCGGCACCAUUCUUACCCCCGCAUUCGAAUCACUCAAGGAGAUAGUUGCCUCUGGGAGCCCUGUCUUCGCUACCCGAACGCCAUUCUUACUGUGGUACCUUUAUCGAUUCCAUAAUGGGGACCUCCUGGGGAUCGUUAUGAAGUACCUCGCAGGUCUGAUACCUAUUAUCUUAGGGCAGAACCAUCCCAUGACACAGAUCUGGCAAAUAGUUGGGUCUCCAGAGUUUUCAGAGCACUAUGAGUUAUCUACACGUCUAUACUCCUCACUUGUGCCUCUCUUCGAAGAAUGGAUUGGGCCAGCAAACGAGCUUACCACGAUAUUAUACUGCGAUCAUAUUGACUGUCUUUUCCAUCACGACGAGACAGCAGAGGCACUCGAAGUCUCUGCGAUAUACCGAGCCAAGGCAGAGGCUACCCAGCUACGGCAUCCUUGGCUCAGAGAACUCGCCAUCCUCCAGACCGGCAUUGUCUGUAACGUGAAAACGUCUGAGAACAAGAUCGAAGAGGCUAUACAAUACCUUCACACUCUCCAAGAGUGGGACCUAGACGAGGAGCAACGAGCCGGCAUGAACGUCCAAUUGGGCAACUACAGCUACCAGAUGGGUGACUUGUCUCUGGCCAUUGAGCGUUUCCGAGAAGCAUCCAACCUCAUCACCGCCUGCAAAGGAGACGAGCGCAUCCUCCUCAGCUCCCUUGCCAAUCUUGAGUCUGCACUACACAAGAAAGGAGACACCGACGAGGCAGCCCAGAUACACGAGUUUCGUCUCACACGACUAUCAGACUUUGCCAAAGAGUCUGGCACUUUUGCUAGCUCAUCCUACCCAAUAGAAGGCGCAGGUAAUAUGCCUGAUACAUCUACCGCGCCCGUCAGCCCUAUGGGCAGUUACAGCUGGGACGGUCAGCAGGUAUCUGAUUGGCUGUGGGGAGAUGAUAGCCAUGGGAGUUCCAUUCCGGUGGUGGGAUUGACACAGCACCUGCAGGGUUGCUGA